UCUUUGUACAUUGUCGUGGCUGAUUUGGGGCUGAUGGCACAGACAGAUGCCCCAACCCCUUGCUUCUCAGCCUCACUGGCCUCAAGGCCCCUCAGCCAGGACUGGAGCAAGAAUGAUGAAAAGCUCCUGCAGGCCGUGGACUAUAAUGAUGCUGAGCGCGUCACCACCCUGCUCGUGCGGAAGGGCCUCAUCCCCACCAAGCUGGACUCGGAGGGCAAAUCCGCGUUCCACCUGGCCGCCACGAGAGGGAACGUGGAUUGCCUGGAGGUGAUGCUGGCUCAUGGGGUGGAUGCCAUGACCAAAGACAGCUCUGGGUACAAUGCGCUGCAUUUGUCAGCCAAGCACGGCCACCCACAGUGUGUGAGCAAGCUGCUGCAGGCGUUCUGCCCGGUGGACGUGACUGACAGCUGCGGGCGGACGGCGCUCCAUCAUGCAGCUGUCAGUGGCUGCAUCUCCUGCUCUGAGAUUCUCUGCGAUUUCAAGGCCUCUUUGAACAUCAGGGACAAGGAUGGCUCGACCCCCCUGCUCCUUGCAGCCAAGAUGAGCCACUCAGAGCUGUGCCGGUACCUGCUGCACCGUGGAGCCUCGGUGAACAGCAGAGACCAGCAGGGCAGGACUGCGCUGAUGCUGGCCUGUGAGCAUGGCAGCGUGGAGACGGUGGAGGUGCUCAUCCACGCUGGGGCGCGGGUCACCACGGUGGAUGCCAUGGGCCACGACGCAAUUCACUACAGCACAGCCACAGGCAAUGCUCUGAUCCAGCACUACCUACAGGACGCCGCUCAGCGCCGGUCCUGGGCCAGUGAAGAGUCUUCGAUGGAUCAGGUCUCCCAGACGUCUUCGACCAGCCAGCCUCUGUCCAAAGACAAGAACAGCACCCCGCGGAAGAGGAAGGCCCCCCCACCUCCCCAGUCUGCCCUCAACCAGGAGGACAGGGAGGCCUACGAGGAGAUUGUGCGGCUGCGGCAGGAGCGGGCCCAGUUCCUGCAGAAGAUCCGGAGCCUGGAGCAGCAGCAGGAGAAGCAGAAGCAGAAGCGGGAGAGGCAGGAAAUGGAGGAUGGCUCCCUGCGCUCCAUGGAGAAACAGGUAAAGGACCUGCAGAAACAGCUGGCCGAGAGCGAGGGUGAGAAGGCACAUCUGGGGAAGGAGGUGGAGGCACUGCGGAGCCGCCUGUCAUCGCUGGAGAACGAGAAGGAGAACACGAGCUACGACAUCGACACGCUGCAGGACGAGGAGGGCGACCUGCUGGAGUUCCCAGGGGCGGAGGUGCUGCUGUCCAAGAAGACGAUGAGCCUGUCCACGGAGGAGCUGCUGGCCACACUGCAGGGCCAGGUGCAAACCCUCACACUGCAGAACAAGGAGCUGCAGGAGAAAAUCCAGAUCCUGGAGAACUACGAGAGGGACGAGAGUGACCUGGACCCCUCGGGGGACUUCAUCCCUGUCCUGUUGUAUGACUCGCUGCGGGCUGAGUUUGAGCACCUGAAGGGGCAGCAUGCUGAUGCACAGGCUACGCUGCAGAUGCUGGAAGAUGGCAAGACCUCCGGGGCUGCUGGCCAGCCUGACAUGGGGGCCGCCUUGGAGCAGUUGAAGGCCAAGUACGAGGCGAAGAUCCGAACCCUGGAGGAGGCGCUGAGGAAGGCAGGGAAGGGCCAGGCUGGGGCUGAGGAGGAAGGGACUGGCAGGGAGCGAGGCGAUGGCGACGAGGGCCUAAGGGCGGCAGCUGGGUCAGCGCUGGCCAAGGAGCUGGCCCAGACCCAGGAGAAAUACGAGGCAGCCUUGGCCGAGGUGCAGCACCUGCGGGAGCAGAUCCAGCUGGGCAUCUUGUCAGUGGAGGACCAGGAGGGCGCUGAAGCCGCAGACAGCUCCCGCAGCGAGCUGGAGACUGUGCGGGUGGCACUGCACAAAGCCCAUGAGGACCUGAGGGCCAAGGAGCGACGGGUCAAGGACCUGGAGGGGCGUUUGGAGAGCCGGGCAGGAGCUGCCAGCCCGACCCACUCCAUGGGGGAGACCGAGGCCAACCUCAGCCAGUCACUGGAAGAGGCGGCCAAGGAGAAAGCAGCGCUGCUGGAGCGGUGCCGGCGGGCCGAGGCGGCCGCGGAGGAGCUGAGGAGGAACGUGGAGGAGAAGAGCCGCGACUUCCAGCGGGCGGUGGGCCCGGCAGAUGGGCGAUGGCUGGAGGAGGAAAACCAGGAGCUGCAGCAGCAGCUGGGCGAGCUGAUGCGGCAGCAUGGCGAGGUGAAGGCCCAGCUGGGGCAGCUGCGUGAGGCUCUGGCCCGCAAGGACCAGGAGCUCGGGGCUCUCAAGGAGCAGCUGGCCGCCAAGCCCGUGUCACUCCAGGAGCACGAGGACGUAGUGGACCAGCUAAGCACCUCGCUGGCCCGUGCCAACCAUCAGCUGCAGGAGCUGCGAGAGGAGCACAGCACCAGUCAGCGCGCCCUGGUCCAGCUGCAGAGGGAGGCAGACGGUGCCCGUCGGGACUCAGUGCCCCGGGCCGAGCACAUCCGCACCACGGCUGCACUGGAGGGCAGCUUGCAGGAGAUCACGGGCAGGGCCCAGCAGCUGGAGCGGGAGCUGGCGGCCAAGGGCAAAGAGACGGCACAGCUGCGGGGGGAGCUGGCCAGUGCACGGGAGGGCACAGUGACACGGGCAGAGCACGAGCGGGUGCGCAGUGGCCUGCAAGCUGAGGUGACCGCUCUGAGCCAGAAGCUGAGCGAGCUGGGCCGCAAGCACGAGAAGACAUGCGCCGAGGUCUUCCAGGUGCAGCGCGAGGCCCUGUUCAUGAAGAGUGAGAAGCACGCGGCCGAGGCCCAGCUGGCCGCCGUGGAGAAGCAGCUGCAGAGCCUGCGGGCCGAGUCGCAGCGCGUCCAGGAGCUGCACCGCCACAUCGAGGACUCAGCCCGCCUCGUCAAGGACAAGGACAGGAAGAUCACAGAGCUGUCGAAGGAAGUCUUCAAGCUGAAGGAGGCGCUGAACGGGCUGUCAGAGCUGCCCACCAAAGCAGGAGCCCUGCCAAAGGCACAGCAGGGCCAGCUGGAGGCAGGGGUGCUGCAGGGCAGGAUCAAGGCCCUGGAGGAGCAGCUGACGGACAUGGAGAGGCACCACAGCAAAGUGGUCUCACUGUAUCGGGGGCACCUGCUCUACGCCGUUCAGGGCCACAUGGACGAAGAUGUGCAGGGGCUCCUGGGCCAGAUCCUGAAGAUGCAGCGACUUCAGGAGCAGGGCAGAUGAGCACCAUGGGGUCAGCGAUCCCAGCCCGGCUCUUGGACCCUGGGCAGGGACACCCCAAGCCAGACAAUGGUGGAUUCACACAUGGGACUAGCCGGACGCUGGCGUAGGCCAGCCUGGUGCGUGGCUGGACCCCGUGGCUAGUCGGCCCUUAGUGCACGCCCCGUCACCAAGCCCCGGGCACAUGUGGCACCUCUGCUUGCCCGUCCCUGGGCCUGUGCCGGCAGGAGCCCAGGCAGGGGUGGGUUAAGCUUUGCACCUCAUAGCAGGGCCAUGUCCAGCUCUCGCCGCCUUCUCCAUCCAUGCUCUUACCUCGAGGCCUCUAGAAAGGGCUGGGGGGCUGUUGGCUCCCAGCCGAGCUAAGACUCAGAGCCCCCCAUGGGGGAAGGGGCCGUGUUUCUGGGGGCACGAGUGAGAGGCCACCCUCACGUCCCACACGCUCCCUGCCAUGGCCACAGCAAUAAAUUAUUUAUAUACCCUCGGCUGAGACUCACUUGCUGGCUGCUGCAGGUGCGUGGGGGUGGCACGGCCAGGAGGAUAGGCUGAAUUACCUGC